UUGGCAACACUAAGCAGCGGCUGCCAUGAUUUGGCGUGUAUCUUGUCAUCAAGUGCAUCGUCUAGAAAAUUACGAAAAUGCUUUAUGAAAAGCUUUAUUGGGUGCAAGUGUUCUUAGUAUCUAUACUAAUUAGCUCUAUUCUAGCAGAAUGGAACACGAGAGAUUACAUCAGGCGAGAGCACUCUCUCACAAAACCGUACCAAGGGAGUGGAAUGUCGGUGCCUUACUGGGACUUCUUAGGUAGCACUAUUGUGACUUCUAACUACGUUCGACUAACGCCGGACUUGCAAUCCAAGUCUGGAGCUAUUUGGAACACAGUGCCAUGUCAAACUCGCAACUGGGAGCUGCAAGUCCAGUUCAAAGUCCACGGACGUGGUAAAGACCUGUUCGGAGACGGCUUCGCAAUAUGGUACGUGCGCGAUCGCAUGCACCCAGGCCCUGUCUUCGGCAGCAAGGACUAUUUCCAGGGCUUGGCGAUUAUACUUGACACGUAUAGCAACCAUAAUGGGGCUCAUAAUCACCAGCACCCGUACAUAUCGGCGAUGAUAAACAACGGGACGCUGCACUAUGACCACGACAGAGACGGGACUCACACGCAGGUCUCCGGCUGCGAAGCCAAGUUCCGCAACUAUAACCAUGAUACACACAUCUCUAUCACUUAUAUGGAUGAUACGCUGACUGUAUCAACGGAUCUAGAAGGCAAGAACGCUUGGAAAGAGUGCCUGAAGGUAGAGAAUGUGCUACUCCCGACUGGUUACUACUUCGGCGCGUCGGCCACUACCGGCGACCUCAGUGACAACCACGACAUCAUUGCUAUCAAGAUGUUCGAACUUGAUCUCUUGGAGGCUCAAAACAAAGACGAAGACCGUUCCCAGAUUAUCCCCUCAGCGGCAUCGUUCGAGGCUCCUCGCGAAAGGAUCGAGGACUCCAAACCAGCCAUGUCCGGAGUCAAAACCUUCUUGUACAUGAUGGCAAUAGCCAUUGUCAUUAUAGUACUGGUCGUUCUAGGCAUCAUGUACUACCAGAAACGUCAAGAACAAUCUAGAAAGAGGCUGUAUUGAGAACCCCCCAGAAUUCUACAUUGUGUUUCAAAGACAUUCCUUUUUUAAAUAAGAACUCCAUUUUUCUGAGUCAUUUGUUUUUUGGUUCCAUUUUCAAAUUUCAGGCUUUAGGAAUGUCUGGAGUUUUCUUUGAACAGGUUGAUUUUGAUUUGUGAAUGAGAUCUGUCAAAAAAUUCGUUUUGUAACCAGCCUGAGAGGUCCAUGUUUCUUUUUUAAAGAAAAUAUGAAUUAUGAAAAGAAGCAAUAUGAUUGUAACAAUAAUUUAUUGAUUUUAGAAUACAAAUUAAUAUGAGAAUAUAAUGCCAAGACCAAUUCUAAUUAUGAAACUUUAAAGACUAAUAUUUAUGAUAUUCUAAAUCCAAAUAGAAUGUUCUCGAUGUAUUUAUAUUGUUACCUUAAUAUAUUAUUAUGUUUCUACUCAAAGCCAGUUUCCGAAAUAAUCAUUUAUUUCUCUUCUUAAGAAUUAAGCAAGGGUUAUGUGAUUUAGAAUAAAGUUUCCAAAUUCUCAAAUUGCAAAUCCGUCACGCUAUUCAGCAAGGAAAUGUUCUGAUAUCCCUACACGACAAAAAGAGAUACCGCUAUACAAAUGUACAUGCGAAAAAGAGAACGAAUAUGUUUGUCAACCCCGCCUUUUUAUACAUCACCCGUCAAACUAUGCUUACAUACACCUAUAGAUUAUAUAACGUUGCAAUAAUCAACUUUAUUUCGUAUCACUAAGAAUCAUUUUCGUUUAUUUAAUUUACAUAUGAAAUCUCAUGACAAUUUUCUUUUGUCUUAGGGCCGAUUUUUCUAUCGUCUGUCAACUUCUAUCUGAGGAAUCAAUAUGGCGGUUUGACAUAUCGCUGAAGCUGUCAAAACGUCAAGCAUAUUCUUCAAAUAAAAGUUACCUUUCGACUCGACAAUUCGGCUCUUAUUCGUUUGUCACUUGUUAAGGUAUAAAGGGUAAUAGUCAUUUAUAGCCCGGUUAAUUAAAGGUGUUUUUUUUUAAUUAUAAAGGAGUUUGACUGCAUUUCUAUGGGUAUUUACGUGUGACAAUAGUAAUAGUUUAUGUUUCACAUGCAUAGAAAUAAUAACUGUGUCCAGUAAAAUAAUUAAUAUUUACUUAUUAUAAGUAGUUUUGCCAUCCAAUUCUAUCAUAUUUUUAAAUGCAGUCUAACAUUAAAAUUAAUAGUUUUUACACUAACAUUAAGUACAUAAAUAUACAUAUACAUAAAUGUAUAGUCACUAUUUUACUAUAAAUACAUACAUAUUAUAAUUUUCUUGCUCAUUAUAUAAAGAACUGGUUAUCCACAUUAUAAUUUGCAUAAGUUUAUUCUUUAUGUUGUAAGAUAAAUAUUUAAUUUUUAUUGUGUUAAAAUUGUAUGCUUGGGACUUUCGUCUAAAUGACCAAAAACGUAAAAAAAAUGAAGUUUAAUGUUUCACCAUAAAUUAUAAUGAAAAACAAAUUCCGCUUUAGUAAAUUCAAGAACAUUAAACGUAAGAUUGUGCCCCAGCAUGCCUAUAUUAAAAAGCCACCUUUCGUCAUCAGAAUAUUAAAGGGAAAUAUUACAGUUCUCGUCAAAUAUCUCGCCCGAAUUUGGCUACUAAUGACUUCACGGUACUCAAAAUUUGAUUUCAUGAGAACUUUUUAUUGUUAUACUUUCUCGAUUCAUCGCUAUUCAUCUUAAGUGUAUUUCUUUGACUUUGAUAGCAUGAAUGAAUUGCUAAAGAAUACUUUAAAGAAUUGCCCCCAUUAGGAUUAUAAAACAGGACAUUUAAACUGAUUCUAAAGCAACUUCUCUUUGUUAAAGCAUAAUUGGAGUUUGUUAUUAGUGAUUAAUUUUAUCGUUAAGUCUGUUACACUUGAACGAUUUUACACACAUAUAAAAUAAAUUAUUAUUGAAUGAAAGUAUUUAUUUAUAUCGUAACGUAAUUUAGUUCCUUUUGCAAUAUUAGUUGGUGUUAAAAUGGUUCAAUUGUAACUUAAUCAUUAUGUGAACGAGUGGUGUAUGUGUGUUUAAUAAAAAUGAUUUAUAAACUUUUC